AUGCAUAAACCCAUUGCUCCUACUAAAUCUUAAUCGCCUUAUAAUUCUGGCAAAAAAAACCCAGAUUAUGUAAAUCCAACAUUCAUAAGUCAAACUGUAUUUCAAGAUAACAUUUAAUAAAAUAAGCCCUAAUAACAAGGACAUACAAAAUAAAAUAGUAAUUAUUACACUUAUUAUAAUUAAUCUUAAAAGUUAUAAAAUGAAAAGACUUAAGGAACAAUUGAAAAAUAAAGAUAUGGUAAUAUUUUGAAGGUUGAAGAAAAAAGGUUUGAAAUUAAUGAAAGAAACUAUUUCUUUGAUAGGAAAAAGUAAUUAUCUCAACAUGAAUUAACUCCUGAUUAUUCCCUAAAUCGUAUUAAAAGAAAUAGUUAAAUUGAAUUAAAUAUGUCUUGGAACAAUGGAGUUUAGGAUCAUUAAAUAAAAUAAGAUAUUAAAAAAGAUGAAAAGCGAUAGCUUUACACAGAAAUAGAAUAGACAGAACAUUUAGAUUCAUCUAUCAAAAAUAUCAAUUAAUCUGUUAAAGAUUUUAAAACUUAAAGCUACUUAAGAGGAUUAUAAUUACAAAAUAGACAUAAUUAAUAUUUAAAAGAAAUAGAAAAGACAAAAUAGUUAGAAGAAGAAAUUAUAAGAUCUUAAGAGUUGAAAAUCUAAGAUUUAAGAAGAUAACAAGAAUAUCUAAGUAUAGCUAAAUCAAAAUUUACUAAAUGA